UAGAGUAUUGGACACCUGUGCCUCCAUCAGUCGGUAAUCAACCAGCAAGGCAGUCACCUGUUUUGGAAUUUCUUAUACUAGCCCUACGACGAACCAGAGUCCAAAUGGGGGAUAAAACCCAGGAAUCCUGUUGCCUGCCAUUAAAGGAGGAAUUCCAGCGCUCCAAGUUCUCACUGGACUUCGAGGAUCCUGGCAUCUUUUGCCGCUCCCAGUGGCAAAAGGGCGAUCGGAAUAUAAUCUGGAUCCUGUACCGAUGGUUUCUGGCUGCAUUCUUUGGAACUGGUGUGAUUUGGAGCAUGUUUAAAAUUUUCAACGGUGGUCGUUGGUUCAUUUACCUCACGGAUUGGGGAUUUUCCCUGGAUUUCUUUACGUGCACCUAUGGGGCUGUUGUGGCGACUAUUUACUACAUAAAACCCUCAUAUUUUGCUCCUGGCAGUCGAGCUCUUAAGGUUUACUGGAUCUCUCACUAUACAACGUCUGUCCUAUCCAUGCUGAUUUCUUUGGUAUUCUGGGCAGCUCUGGCCAGUACUAUGCCUGAAGAAGCCACUGACUUGUACAACUUGUGGUCGCAUGCCUUCAAUUCCAUUUGCAUGAUCUUCGACUGCUUCAUGGUGGCCUUUCCAGCUCGCAUCAUGUUCUUUAUUUAUCCCUUCUCGGUGGUUAUUAUAUUCCUGAUACAUUCUUUGAUCUACUACUUCGCGGGGGGUACUGACAUAGAUGGCAAUCGAUUCAUCUAUUUUGCCCUGGACUGGGCCCGUCCCGGAUUGGCCAUUGGAUUUGUGUGUGCUAGCUUGGCCCUCGUCUGUUGCUUUGCUUUUGUGGCCUUCGGCAUCUACAGGGUGCGCAUCUCCAUGGUCAAAUGCUGCACCAAAAAUCAAGUGGAAGAACAACCAGCCCGUGACACAGCUUCCAAACAAUUAGCUUAA